GGAAUUGUAUGACCCAUAAUAACCUGUAAUACCAAAGGUGCGAGAAAUAAAGAACCGUUUUAUCUCGCUGGUAAUUCGAAUCCACGAACCUCCGUCUUUCGCCAUAAUGCAAUAAACCGCUCACCACUUGGUGCGUCUGGUUCGUUUCUCUUGCUCCUGGCCUUGGAAAGUAUCUCCUAGAUUACUAAUUCGGCGCAAUUUAGCCGGAGAUCGCUCAAGAGCAAUCAUAGCACGUGAACUUAUGCGAAGAACCGCGAACCUGGGCGUUGUCCGUGGCAAGGUCUCGGAGAGCACGAACGUUGGCUGCUUCAGUGAGAGGAAAAGUGGAAAAUCGAGGUGCACGAGCUGGGCUCUCUGUCGGCUGACGAAAUUGAAAAUUCAAUCGAGAAUUGAAGAAAGUUCGUUGCAGAGAGCCGAAUUACACUCGCACUCAAUCAACUGGGGAGCUGUCCACGCGAUUGCAGACAAAUUGUCAAACACGGUGGGAAACGAUCCUUCAAACGGGACAGUGGUUGCGGCAGGAAAGCAAGAAACACUCGGUUGUCAAUGGGAUAUUGCGCCGGAACGGUGCUAAUGACAAAUCCUCGUAAGGUAGCGGCUGUUAAAUCCCCGGUGUCGUAGAAAUCUCGCGCGAUAUAGUCAUCCUGUCACCGGUUUUAUUCGAGUGAGUGCCGUUCGGCCAUUAUGCAGAACGCGCACGCAAUUACACCGAUCAUUAUUAUUACCGCGAAGCUAUUUGAAUGCGGUGAACGGUCGCACGGAAUCGGAGCAUUGCGACGUGGAAACGAUGGAAAAUAAUGGCUCUGAGACACGAGAUGGAAGAUUGGAACGCAAGGUGAAGAAACCUCGCCUCUCGAUCGUUAGAUUUCCUUACACCUUCAUUCCUUUCUGCUGUUCCUUUCUUCUUUUUCUUUUUUUUAUUACAGUUGACACACGAAAUUAUAGCGAUACGAAUUCCUGUUAAUCCGACGAUAUUCCAUAGAGUGAUUUCUUUGUAAUUUAA